GGGACGGGCACCAUCGCCACCUUCUUCAGCAAUACCCCCCCCAGUAAGCUGGCAUGCCCUCUGUGUGGUGCGCUGGUGCCGCGCUUCAAGAUCAACGAGCACAUCGACACCGAGUGCCAGAAGUUCCAUCAGGGGAAUGAGAAUGAGCGCGCGCUGCCGUCCAGUACGGAACCAAAGACCCCGACGCUGCUCCUGUCACCUCAACGCACCUGCAGGAGAACACCUGAGCAGCCGCCCGGGACGAGCUCACCUCAACGCACCUGCAGGAGAACACCUGAGCAGCCGCCCGGGACCAACUCACCUGAGCAGAGCGGGGAGUUGAAGACCAGUCCUUACUUCAAAAAGCAGCAAUCACAGCAGCAGCAGGAGGUGGAGUCGGAGAAAGUUCCGGAGCAGCCGAAGGUGGUGCGGAACAUCAGCCUUGGCAGCCUGUCCUCCAGACUGUCCAGAAAGGCCCUGACGUUCUCCGGAGAACCGACCACCAAGCAGACCAGCCGUGCUGGAGGGACCGAUAGACACGAUGGUGAACUGAACAGCUCUCAGAAGGAGAACCAAUCAGAGCUGAUGAGAGAAGCGCCAGGUCCGUUAGUGAACACCUCCGAGUGGUUCUCCUCUCAGAAACCAGCUGUGUGCAAACAGCCCCCUCCAGUGGAGAAGGAGGAGCGUGAUCCGGGAAGUGUUGAAUCACGAUCACCACACACUUCUCCUGACAGGUGUAGCAAUGAGUCCCUCUCGUCCAAUAGGAGAUCGAAGGAGGCGGCAGGAGAUAGCAGGCCUGACACACACACACUGAAGCCCGACACACACACACUGAAGGCCGACGCACACACACUGAAGCCCGAUGCACACACACUGAAGCCCGACACACACACACUGAAGUCCAAACUCAGCAAGAGAGCCAGACAGAGAGACAGUACUGGACCGGGUCUUCAUAACGAGGGGUCCAGUACUGGACUGGGUCUUCAUAACGAGCAGAGCGGUACUGGACUGGGUCUUCAUAACCAGGGGUCCAGUACUGGACCGGGUCUUCAUAAGGAGCAGAGCGGUACUGGACCGGGUCCUCAUAACGAGGGGUCCAGUACUGGACUGGGUCUUCAUAACGAGGGGUCCAGUACUGGACCGGGUCUUCAUAACGAGGGGUCCAGUACUGGACCGGGUCUUCAUAACGAGGGAUCCAGUGUGGCGAGGAGAGCAGCGGCUGGUGUUGAUCAGGAGCAGAACUCUGAGUCCAAACAGACGAGAGAUUCCGGAACAUCCCAGCCGGAGCACCUGGAGUCCAGCACAGACCCCACGCAGGUGAGCUCGGAAGCGUCAGGAUCUUUCCGGAAGCCGUAUUACCUGCGGAACUUCCUGUCCGUGCUGGAGGCCGUGAUGGAGCAGGAGGACGACCGGCGGCUCUUCAACCAGGAGGACCUCGCCGCCAUACACACCUUCCAGCUGCUCUCAGGGCCAGGCCAGGCGCUGUACGUGCGUCUGUUCCAGAGGAAGCUGAAGUGGCUGCAGGUGGAGAAGCUGGACUACUCUGAGAUCAGCGCAGACCUGCGGCCCGUAGUGGACCAGCUGGUGCAGGCACACUUCCUGCAGGACGAGCGUGAGCUGCAGGAGCUGGUGGAGGUGCUGGAGGUGCUGCCGGCCCCUGAGCUGCGGGGUCUGGCCAAGACGCUGCACCUGGCCGGGGGGAACAGCGCCACCCAGAGGCCACAGCUGGUGGAGGGGCUGCUGAAGCUGGCCAAGCAGCGCGCCCUCUUCCCCUGCGCCCCCCCCCUCACCAGCACGGGGGCCGUUAUCCUCAAGAGGGCGAAGCGGCUGGCGGGCCGGUGUGUGCGCCUGUGUGUGUGUCCGCGGGCCGUGUUCUCGCGGCUGCUGCUGCUCUUCUCUCUGACGGACUCCCUGGACGAGGAGGCGGCGGCGGCGGGGGGGCAGGGUCAGCUCUACACCGUCCUAUUGGUCAACUCGGGACAGCUGGCCUUCCCCCAGUACAGCAUCCAGCGCCACGCCAGGGUGUUCCGCCACAGGGACGACCUCAUCAGGUAUGAGGUGGCCAUGCGUGGCCUGCAGGAGGUGGCAGUGGCCAUGCAGUCGGGCAGCUGGGAGGACGCCCUGGGGCUUUACACGGCUGCCAAGGCAACGUGGCAGGAGCUGCAGCAGAGUGGGGACCUCCAACAUGAGAAGGAGCUGCCGGUGUUUCUGCGGCCCUUUACUGUAGGAUGGACCUACACCCGCAUCAUGUCUCGUGGCAUCGAGAUCCUACAGAGAUUAAAGUGUUAUGAGGAGGCGGUGGUCCAGUUGAGGGCAGUUCUGUCCCAAUCAGUCUACUGCCCAGACAGCAGGGGGCGCUGGUGGGACCGCCUGGCCCUCAACCUGCAGCAGCACCUCAAACUCCACGAGCAGGCUAUCGAUGCGAUCCGGGACGGGCUCUCGGACCCGUUGGUCCGGACCGGUCACCAGCUGGCCCUGCACCAGCGCGCCGCCCGCAUGAGGGAGUCGCCGAGCCUGAAGAAGCUCCGCCUCCUCCUGCGAGACCUGCCCAGCGUCCACGUCAGCGACGUCCCCCACGUCACCAUCCGUGGUCACAUGUUCCCGCACCAGGGGGGUAUGGGUAAAUCUGUGUUCCUGCGGCCGGCCGACCAGGAAGAGGGAGAAGAGGGCGGAGCCACAGUCAUGUGCUCCGUGGAGGACCUAGCACUGGCACACUACAGACAGCUGGGCUACGACCAGGGGCUGCAUGGCGAGGGCUCCACCUUCUCCACCCUGUUUGGGCUUCUCAUGUGGGACGUGAUCUUCAUGGAGGGCGUGCCAGACGUCUUCAGAUACCCCUAUCAGACGUGUCCACUGGACCUGCACACUGACUGUUUCUACGGUAACCGGCGUGCGGCGGUGGACGCGCGGGUGCAGCUGGUGCGGGAGGCGUCGGGGGAGACGCUGCAGGAGCUCCUGGCACACGCCUGGCACAGCCAACAAGGACGAGUGUGUGCCCUCGUCAGCUGGGAACGCUUCGCCUCUCUGCAGCAGGCUCAGAGCCUGGUGGGGUGUAUGGGCGGCUCGUUCCUGGCGGAGGUGAUGUUGCGGAUGGCCAGAGACUACAGACACUGCCGCGCCGGCCUGCCCGACCUGGUGGUGUGGAGCUCAGCGUCCGCUAGCUACAAGCUGGUGGAGGUGAAGGGUCCGAGCGACCGUCUGUCCCAGAAGCAGCAGAUCUGGCUGGACGAGCUGAGCAAAUGGGGUGCAGACGUGGAGGUGUGUCAUGUGACCGCCGUGGGGGCGCGGGCACGCAGAUGACCGGUACCCAGCGCUGGACAGGUGCAGUGCUCACCUACAGUACACCUGCUGUGGACAGGUGCAGUGCUCACCUACAGUACACCUGCUGUGAGGACUACAGUACACCUGCUGUGAGGACUACAGUACACCUGCUGUGAGGACUACAGUGCACCUGCUGUGAGGACUACAGUACACCUGCUGUGGACAGGUGCAGUGCUCACCUACAGUACACCUGCUGUGAGGACUACAGUACACCUGCUGUGAGGACUACAGUACACCUGCUGUGAGGACUACAGUACACCUGCUGUGAGGACUACAGUGCACCUGCUGUGAGGACUACAGUGCACCUGCUGUGAGGACUACAGUGCACCUGCUGUGAGGACUACAGUACAACACAUCCUUCAGUGAGGACUACAGUAGGAUGCAUCCUUCAGUGAGGACUACAGUAGGAUGCAUCCUUCAGUGAGGACUACAGUAGGAUGCAUCCUCCAAAGACUGUCUAGUAUGUGCAGGAGUGUCUAAAAUGUGCAAGAGUUUAGCACUGAUGAGAUGUCAGUGGAAAUGAGAGACGGUAGCCAUGAU